GCUAUCGAAAAAGUACUUAAAAAAACAAAUUUAAUCGAGAAGUUUUAUAAUAAUAUGUAACAUUUACGUAUUACCUGUCAAUUGAGUACAAGUAUAAAAUGGCCAAAUUGUGGCUUAUGCCAUUUAUGAUGUCCAACUGGCGGGCAUCCGCACCGCAGCUUGCAUAUUAUGCAAACGCAGUGCGCACUCCCUCCGCUGUUGUUUUUACACGUAACACUAGCUUUUUUAAUAAAUUACCAGCCGAAGAUAUCUGGCGUGGGGUAACAGCAGUAAGUAACGCAGGUAAAAAAAGAGGCCGUGGAAAGGGGACAGGAAAAAAAGUUGCGAAGGAUUUGAACAGAGGCCAAACAAUUGGGCUCGGCAAAAGUAAUUGCAUUUGGCCUGGUCUGAAUGCACCAAUUAUACGAGGAAACGAGCUUACGCAUCAACAAAAACAAUCUGAAAACUUGGAUAGAGAAAAAAGCAUUAUUAGCUUGCGUGAUUCCAUGAGCAAUUUCAAGCUCAUGAAAUUAAAUCCUAUAGAUCGAGGUUGGUCAGGAUCAAAAAUGCCAGGUCGUAGUAUUGGACCACCAGAUGCUGUUGGAGAAGAAAAUUUUAAUUUAUUUGAUACACGUGUAUUAGAGAAUAAAAUAGUAUUUAUAAUGAAAGGUAAUAUGGGAAGAAAAAGACGGUACUCUGUAUUAUCUGUCACUGGAAAUAAAAGUGGAUUAGCUGGGUUCGCAACAGCUAAGGCUCCUGAAGUUCGAACUGCCCUCCGAAAAUCGAAAAAUCGUGCAGGUCAAAAACUUAUUAGUAUUGACCUUUAUGAAAAUAGAACUGUAAAUCAUGAUUUUUAUACCGCAUUUGGAAAAACCAAAAUCUUUGUCUUUAAAAAACCGGAAGGGCAUGGCUUAGUAUGCCACAGGGCCAUACAAACUAUUUGCAAAGUUAUAGGAAUACAGGACUUAUAUGCAAAAAUUGAAGGAUCAACAAACCUUCAGCACAUUGUGAAAGCAUUUUUUAUUGGGCUUAUGCGUCAAAAAUCAUAUGAAGAUAUAGCAAACGAAACAAAAUUGCAUAUUGUUGAACGUCAAAUGGCAAAGAAUGGAUUUACUGAAAUUAAAGCUAGUCCUCUUCAAGAUUUGAAAAUUUCAGAGAACGAUCAAAUAAUCGAUUUUAUGCAGUUUACUUUGGGAAAUAAAAUUGUAUUAAGAAAAAAAAAAACUCCACCUUAUUAUGUAAAUACGAAAGGGCACUAUUUAUUUGAAUGUAAAGCGGAGAAAUUUAGAAAUCAAUCGAUUGUACGUUUACACAAAUUGGUAAAUUCUUAUACGUAAGAGAAAAAAGUAUUU